CUUUGCUGUUGUGGGAGCAGCGCCGAAAUGCUACGUGGCUCUUGUAUAUUCGUUGUUGACGUCAGCACUGAGUCAUCAAGAGCUGAUGCAUGGGCUGAGACACCUGAAUGUUUUAAUGUAGUGAUGGAGGAGGCAAGUUUGUGGGAUACCCAAAGGAUAUAGUCUUCAUUAGUCAGGGCAGAGAAGGGAGAGGUUUCUCAUGGACCGCAGACUGCACUAGCCUAUGGAUAUUGUUGGUUCUGAGGACAUUACAGGAAACAUGGAUAGACGAUGUGGAUACUCUCGGGAACAGUAUGACCGAUAUGUCUUAAGCCAAGAUAGAUCCGUCGUGAACAAAUUUCAGCAGAAAUACUGGAAAACCAAGCAGACGCUGAUUAAAGUGACUGGGAAGAAAGAAGAUGAAUAUGUUGUUGCAUCCGAUGCAGACCUAGAUGCAAAGCUAGAGGUGUUCCAUUCUGUCCAAAGAACAUGCCUGGAGCUAUUGAAGGUCAUAAAACAGUACCACAGAAGAAUUUGCUUUUUAUCUCAGGAAGAAAAUGAAUUGGGAAGGUUUCUCAGAUCGGAGGGCUCACAAGAUAAAACUCGAGCUGGAAAAAUGAUGCAGGCCACUGGAAAGGCUCUCUGUUUCUCCUCUCAGCAAAGACUUGCUCUCCGUAGCUCUUUAUCUCGCCUUUUUCACGAAGUGGAGACAUUUAGGUACAGGGCUGUCUCUGACACCUUGCUGACAGUGAACCGAAUGGAGCAGUCCAGAACAGAGUACCGUGGGGCACUGCUGUGGAUGAAAGAUGUUUCCCAGGAACUUGAUCCUGAUACCUUCAAGCAAAUGGAAAAGUUCAGGAAGGUUCAGUCUCAGGUUCGUCAUUCUAAAACAAGUUUUGACAAACUGAAGAAUGAUGUGUGUCAAAAAGUGGAUCUCCUUGGAGCAAGUCGAUGCAAUCUUCUGUCCCAUGUGCUGACAACCUAUCAGACCACACUUCUCCACUUCUGGGAAAAAACUUCUCACACAAUGGCCACCGUUCAUGAAAGUUUCAACGGCUAUCAACCAUAUGAAUUUGCAAUGAUAAAGAGCUUGCAAGAUCCGAUGAAUAAACUUCUUGAUCAAGGUGAAAAGAAAAAAGGUAAAAAGAAAAUGAAGGAAAACAAAAUCUCCAAGAAAACACCAGACAUGGAUGAUCAACUGAUUUCAUUAGAUGAUGAAAACCACAAUGAGCCUAGCAGUCCAGCUGCAGCCCUAAAGACACAUGGGAAAGAUAUUCUAUCUGGUUUUGAAGAUGUGGAUUUAAGUGGCAAGGAAAAUACAGCCCCACAAGACCUGCUCAUCGACUCCUCCCAAGAGCAUGAUGGCGGUGACAAGGAUGAAAUGGCUUUCAUGAAUGAGAUUCUCAAUACCUCACCCCUAGAGGAUGAGGAUUUCAGCAAGGAGUGGCAGGCAGUGUUUGGGGAAGAUAGCUCACUCAGCAGUGCCAACACGUCCGCAGCAGAAGAGCCAUUCCAUGAUGACCCGUCUUCUUCUGGCUUCCUUCCUUCUCAGCUGCUUGACCAAAACAUGAAUCAUUUGCAAGCUUCAUUUGCUGACUGGGCAGUAAGCAGCACACAGCCAGCGGCGCCACAGUCAAUAGAGCAAUCAGAUGGGUCUAAUCAGAAUAUUAUUACCAAGACCUCAGUGAAAGAAACUCCAAAACCAGCUAAAGACCUGUCUGCUUGGUUCAGCUUAUUUGCUGACUUGGAUCCAUUAUCGAACCCCGACGCUGUUGGAAAAACUGACAAAGAGCAUGAGCUGCUCAAUGCAUGAGUGUGAUGUGGUUUCCGUUCUGCAAUUUAUAAUGCAGAUUAAUAGUUGCAAUCAGCACAUAAGUACAUUAUACUAAAUGGUAUGCCAUUAAAAUGAUUGGGUGUAAUGUCGUCCAACUGUUUGUAAACAUUAUUCAUAAAUAUUUUGUAAUUUAACAAUCCAGUUUCAAGUAAAUCUUCGAAUAGUUGCAUUUACAAAAAGAGGAAUAUUGAUAUCUGCAAUGCAGUUCAAGUAUAUACAUUAGAUACACUGACAUGUUGCCUACCUCAGAUAAUCACUUAUUUUUAUUUGUAUUUUUUAAUUUAAGGAAACAAUCAUAACAGUACAGAAUGUAAGGCAUUUUUCAUGAAUAAGUUUUAUAUUAACUUUCUACAUAAUAAUAACCUGAUAUUUAACCUUUUGAUUUUACUAUGCAAGUGAAAAGAUUUCCUUCUGAUUGACUAACCUCUGAUCAGAGUGGGAUCAAGUCAGGGUUUGCUUGUAACUGAGCUGAGCUUUAUGGAGCAUUUUUAAACUGCUCUUCCUGGGUUCUUAUUACAACAUAAAUUCAACUUUGCAUCAACUUUAAAAGCUGUGGGCCGAAAAAAGAGAACUACAUUUGUCUGGUCUGUCUUGAAUUAAACAAAGUUACAUGUGUUAUUGCCAGUAAUUCCUGAUUUGAAUAUUUGCAUUUGGGCAUUUUAAAUUACAAGCUUCAAAACAGCAACACUGAGAACAUCUUUUAUAAUGUGCUAAUAAUUUAGUAGAUCCUGAAACUACUUGUAUAGUUCCCCUGGGCCUGAAAAUCUAAAAGCAAACUGCCUUUUUAAUUCCUUAAAAGGAAGGGGCACAGAGGCAUGGUUUUGGCAGACCCAGUAUUGGCCUUCAUCAUUAUCCAUAUUUUAUUCUAGAUUAUUUAUAGUAACUAUUUUCUGAUUUUUAUCAUGACACUUGUUUAACCCAAAAUACAACUUGGGAACAUUACCCAAAGGUUCCUAGACAUACACUCUGUACUGUAUUUAUGGCUGUUUAGGUUGGUUAUAAUGAUCCAAUAAACACUACCUUAGUCUUGAAUGAAUUCUGUUCUAGCUGCUUAAUAUACUGUAUCUCUAGAACAGCAUGUUUAACCACAGGUUUUGUAAAAUUCUGUUGAUGCAGCAAAACUGAAAGGCAAAUUUGUCACGUGUGCCCACCUCUCUUUUUGUUGUUGUUGUUGAUAAUAAUGAUUCAUUGUAAUUAUUAAGGGAUGUAAAACUGUAGUCUAACAGAUUAUAUAAAUGAAAUAUACCUGUGUCUUUAUUUAUUAAAACAAAUGGGAUUGAGUCUGCAAUACAA